AUGGCACCCAAGUUCCGGUUGUUAUCGAUUGCAGUCUUGGUUACCACUCUCCAUCUUUCAAUCCAGCAUGAUCCCGUCAAGGACUUCUGCCGCCGGUUUGGACACCAGACAGCAGUGGUAGAUCGAAAACUCUACAUCGAUGGAGGACUGAUCAACUGGAAACCACUAGAGACCGACCCAAAGAACUAUACCAAUACCUGGUUAAUGUGGCACGAUCUUGAUCACAAUAGCAAGGAUAAUAUGCCGCAGAUACAUGCAAACCUCAGCAAGAAUGUCUCGGUUCCUUCAGUACAUGGCGGUGCUCUUUGGGCAGAUGAUGUUAACUACCGUCUAUUCCUUUUCGGCGGCGAAUUCUUUAGCGGUAGCCCGACCACUUCGAACUUCAUGUCCUAUGAUAUAUGGUACGAUCAGUGGGAUGAUUUCGGACCACCUUCCGAUGAUAUCAAGCGCGUCAGUUACGGUGCUAGUACGACUGUGAAGGAGCGAGGAGAAGGGUACUAUUACGGAGGCUAUCUUUCGAGAGCCUCGGUGCCUGACUGGAGCGGCGAACGACAUGCGACAUCAGAUCUGAUCCGGUAUCAGAUGGACACAAACACAUGGGCGAAGUUAUCAGGACCAGACGAUACAAAGCGCGCUGAAGGAGUCAUGACCUUUAUCCCAGCGAGUGACCGAGGAAUGCUGGUCUACUUUGGUGGGCUUCAGGAUCCUGGCGAUAAUGGCACCAUGGUCUCGCAGCCACUAGAUGAGAUAUUUCUCUACGAUAUGAUAUCAAACAAGUGGCAUGUUCAGAGGGCAAACGGAACCAUUCCUGAGAGUCGGGCAAGAUUCUGUGCUGGAGCUGUAUGGGCGGAGGAUCGCAGCAGCUACAACAUAUACAUCAAUGGAGGUCAUGGACUGGAAGGCCCUGGAUUCGAUGAUGUCUACAUCCUCUCCUUACCAUCUUUCACAUGGAUCAAGAGCUAUCCCCUCGACCAAAAUGGGACAGGCUACUACCCAUCUCACAGCCUAUCAUGUGAUGUUGUCAACCAAGGCUCGCAAAUGCUUACUAUCGGCGGAGCAUUCCCAAAAGACGAAACAUGUGACGUUGAAGAGGUCUGGGGCGUUCACAAUAUCGAUUUAGGGAACCAGAUCAAGUCGAAUUUCAAGAAGGUCUGGGCAGGCUAUGAACCGAGUCUCUUCGGGUACAAGGUUCCUAGCUUUGUGACGAGCGUUAUUGGAGGGACGGAAGAUGGAGGUGCGACUAAGCUCAAGCCUGACUAUGGCUUUGUCAAUCAUGAUCUAGGCACAUUGCUCAGUAUGAAGGCAACUUUUACCAGUCGCACAAGGCUUGAUGAUGGACGCACUGAUCCGAGGGCCUCUGAAUCAGAAGGAGGAUCAAGCUCGAAAGCAGGACUGUCAAAAGGGGCAAUUAUCGGCAUCGCCGUCGGUGCUGGAGUUGUUGCGCUGGCAGUUCUUAUUGGUCUGUGGCUACUCCGCAGGAAGCGAAAGAUACAGCGCGAUAUCCAGUCAGCCCCUACGACAGAAUCGUUUUACUCAGUCCCGUAUAUGCCGCAAACCUCGAGUCCGCUAAACUUUCCUCAGUCUCCCGAAGGAUGGCGCCGCGGAAGUCCCGGAGUUCGAGAGUACGAGGGGGAAGACCCAGGUCAGGUUCACUACUGGAGGCCGUUUCAGGUCAACGUGGAGCCGUGUGAGAUGGACGGGCAAGGAACUAGAUUGCCCGAGACUCACGCCGAGAUCGAGUUUAUUAGAAGCCGUGGAUUUUCUCACUGA